AUGGGCGGCUUGCACUUGGUGGCUCCAGGCCUUGAGGAUCGGCCAGAGUUUUUCCCGAAUGAGAUGAUUGUUGGUCCACUGCCAGCCCAGGUGGUAAGCCAGCAACUCCAGGGCCUUCACAAUUUCGUAGGACUUUGGGGUCAACGCUUGAGAUCUCCUACUCAAGCCCUGACUCCAAAAUCCUACGAAAUUGUGAAAGCCCUGGAGUUGCUAGCGUAUCACCUGGGCUGGCAGUGGACCAACAAUCAUCUCAUUCGGGAAAAACUCUGGCCGAUCCUCAAGGCCUGGAGCCACCAAGUACAACAAGCCGCCCAUGCAGCAACCGGUCCUCAAACCGGAUCAGGCCAGAACAAACCGGUGCCAACCGGAAUCGGCCACUGCGUGCAGUCACCCGCUGACGCCUCUGCCUGUGCUGCUAUGAAAGUUAUCGGAGAUGUUGCCGGUUUAGGACUGGACAGUCACAAAGAGUCUGUGUGCGAACUCCUCAAGAUGUUGGCGGCCGUCUUGCAGCAACCCUCGGCCAGUGUUCCAUGGACAGUGCAGGUUUUCACCGCGGAAGCCGUUCUCUGCUUGUCGCCUAGCAACCCGACCUUUGCCCUGGAGGUCACCCAGAAGUGGAGACGACAAGCUCAGUUUGCGCCCCCUAUGAGGAUCGAGGACAAGCUGUGCAUGUUGGAAAAGAUCGUUGGUGCUAUCCACAGUGUUUCAAAGUAGGGACGUUAAGGCCCUACUACGGGACAGACCCGACCAGUCCCAACAAUAGUUGGGGAAUUAGUUCAGAUGCCAUGGUUGGGGCGUCAGGCUGGUUCCCACCUCCUAUUAGAAGCGAUAACAUAGGAAUCCGGAACCAGUCUACUCGGACAAUGCAAAAUUACAGCUUUUUUGGGUGCAGAUGACCAAAACAUAGAAAACUGAUUAUUUGUGAAAAUGAAAAAUACUAGUCGAAGAUUUUUUAGGACAAAAACAACAUGAAUUUGUUGAAAAGUAAAGAGAGUGCAUCUUUGCAGACCAGAUAUAUUUCACAAAUGUAACAUUAUUUUGGCAAGAAUUCAUAUACCAAGGCAUUGGCUGGUGUGUCUAUAUCCUUAUUGCGAAUCUGGAGUAAAAGUUUGAUGCCACAUUCCAUGAUAUAGCAGUGGCAUGACUGAAAGUUUAGGAACCAGACUAUCAAAAAAUCUGGUGCCAAAUUGUUUAUGAACACAGCAUUAGCAUGACUGAAAGCCUGGGAACCAGACCAUCUCUUUGGCAACGAUUAUGUCAAAGUUUGUCAAUUUGACCAACGUUCCUUUGAAGUAAAUGUCUGAUGCCACAUUGUGUGAGUCUGGGAACCAGACCAUCCAAAUGUCUGGUGCCAAAUUAUUUUGAACACGGCAUUACCAUGACUGAAAGUCUGGGAACCAGACCAUCCAAAUGUCUGGUGCCAGAUUAUUAUGAACACAGCAUUGCCAUGACUGAAAUUGGUUACUCCAGCUCAUCAACACCUGCCUCGCCACACAAACAAUACCUAAAGUGUGGCAAAAGUCGAAGGUCAUCGCCCUCCUAAAACCCGGAAAAGACCCAAUGCAUGUCAAAACUUAUCGUCCCAAAGUCACACUUUCAAGUUGCUGGAAUAUUUCCUCCUCAACCUUCUUGCCUCUUCAUUGAGAAACAACUGAUACAGGAACAGGCAGGCAGGCUUCCGUCCCGGCAAAUCUACAACGGGACAGCUUCUAAACCUCACUCAGUACAUUAAGGACUGCUUCCAUCAGAAAAAAUAUAUCACCGGCGCUGUCUUUGUUGAUCUUACAGCUGCUUUUGACAGUGUUAACCGUUGCUGACUCCUUCAGAAGAUCCUGGACAUGACAGCAGACCUGACCCUUAUCCAGUUUAUUGGUGUUCUAUUGAAGAACCAUCGUUUCUUUGUAGUAUUCAAAGGCAGAGUAGAGUACGUCUUCAAAGGAACGGUCCCCCAAGGGAAGACGUUGACCGAUGUUCUUGACCAGUCACAGCAGUGCUUCACUGUGAGUCACCUGAAAGCGAUCAACCCUGCUAUUAAGACCCAAGUGUGUGCCUCCAGGGUUGACCAGACUGGUGGCGUCUCCCCCACUACAUGAGAUGCCAAUCAAGCCUGCAGAAGCCUUACCUGCAGGAUCCAAUGCAGGAUGGAAGACCUGGAGGUGCUUAAAUCACCUCCGCUCUGGAUUGGCUCGCACCAAAAGAAGUGGGGAUUUUCCUCAACCGACAAACACCCUGUGCGAGUGUGGUACUGCAGAGGACACUUUACAACAUUUCAUAUUUAGAUGCCAGACACUAAAGGGUUGGUCAUAUUU